GGGGAAGGGCGGAUUCUUCUCAUCUUUGAAUGUGCUAGGGGCUCCAGAGCUCUCUCUCCCUGCUCCUGCGUGGGUGCCAGGAAGGCAGGCCCAAGCUGCCAUGCCCCAUUUUACAGAUGAGGACUUGAGGGCCAGACAGCAGUGCAGGCCCAUUUGUACUGUAGCCCUGGCUGCUUUCUUGAGGGGUGCCAUCCCUAAGGAGAAAACUAGAGAUUUAUAGCAUGUCUGCCCAGCAUGAGAGCCCAGGGGGACACAUAGAGGUCAUCCUAGCUGAUGCUUUGGUGGGGGCUGGAGACACCCAGGCCACAUGGUGCUGCAGCCUGCCUGAUGGGGUGUCCUGCUAGACAAGUUGGAGCCCCAUUCCAGCUGGGGGCAGCCACCUCCCCCAAAAGCCUGCAGCCAAACCACCUCCCCCGCCCUCACUCUGGGUUCCCCAGGCUCGCUCAGGGGGGACCUGGGGCCCCAGCAGGCCGGCCCCUCCCCAUGCCUCCACAAAUGGUUUCUGUGCCUCUAGUUAUUACACAGCCCUGAGACGCAAGCCAGGUGGGCGGGAACACCAACCCCUUUAGCCAUAAGGAAACUGAGGCCCAGCCCAGGCCACCCAGGCUGUCAGUGGAGGGCAGCACGAAUAUCUCCAAGAUGUCUGGGUGCCUUCUACCUCUCCCCCAGGCCACGGCCUCAAGCUAAAGCCGGUCCUUCUCUUCCAGCAUCUGGGGUGUCACACACCUGGACUUGUGCCUGGGCUCUGCCACUGCUGCCCCAUGAAGGUAAGUACCCUGGCCUCAGAGCUAUAAACCAAGGCUGGGGUAAGACCCAAAUGCAAUGAGGAAGGGCCCGUUGCUUAUAAAACUCCCAGCAGAGGGGGCGUCUCCACCUCUGUAGACUGGUGCACACGCCUUAUCGCCUGCCACCUAUGCUGCUGUGCCCCUGCUGUGUCUUGCAGCUACCUGGCCUCUGCUGAAUGACCUCCUUGCCCCUCAGGCAGCCUUGGACAGGCUCAUCCUAGUAAAAGUUUUGAGUUGUUACUUUGGGACACACUUCCCGGGUCCAUCUGGAUCCCUUCUCCAGGUGCUGGCAUUGCCCAGCACAGAGCCUGGCACUCAGGAGCCUGAGCAGGUUUCCUGAGUGGAUGGAAGUUACUCGGCUACAUAGCCUGCUCUGCAGGGGGAGUGGGAUUGGCGUGGAGGUUCACUGCAGACUCACUCCAUGCUUAGACACACCACCCUGCCUCCCUGAGGGACCCGGUGCUUGGGGAGAUUUGAAGGAUGGUGGGAGGAGAGACAGAACCUGUCCCAAGAGGAAGAAAGCUGGCCCUCAACCGUUGGAGGCAGUGUUUGGUCACUGGGCAGAAGCCCUGGAGGGGCACCUGCAGGCUGGGUGGUCCCUUUGUCUUGUUCCAUGUCGCCUCAUCCUAGGCACUGUAUCAUGGUCACCUCCCCUAUGCCCAGCUCUCGGGGAUGUGCCUGUUUACCCCACACGCCAGUGUUGGGAGCCAGGCCCUGGGAGGGGAGGGCCUCCGUGGCACAUCAUGCCCCUCUCUCUGAGCCCCACUAGCCCUUACCUCUUAAGGGGCAUCUGCAAGGGGACUUGCACCUAGUGCCUGCCCUGUUGGCAGGGGCAGAGCCUGGGGCACCAGCCGCUGCCAGCUUUCAAAUCUCCACUCUGCCCAUGUGCCCCAGGGUGAGGGACUUCAUGUCUCUGGGCCUCCUUUUCCUCAUCUGUUGAGUGGGCAUCAUACCCUCCCCACUGGGCCAUGGUGGGGAAGAAAGGGAGCAUGUGUGCUGUCAUCAUCUUUCUAUGAGAGGUGGCUAGAGCAACACCAGGUAAGUGGGUCAGCUGCUGCCUUGCUGAGUGCCAGGCUUGAGCUAAGUGGACUUCCACCUAGUUCCUCCUGACCAUGAGAGGCACACGCCAACGCCGGCCACUCAGCAAUGAGGAAGCUGAGGCUCAGAGAAGUGAAAUCACUUGCCCAAGGUAACACACCUGGGGGAGCUGGCAUCUGAGCUCUGGACUAUGUCCCUCCUGGUCCCAGUGUCCUUCCCCACCCCUAGCUGAAGGGCUGGGGGCCAGCCUGACAGACCCCAUGCAGUGCUGUGUGUGAGGAUCUGCAGGCAGCACCGUGGGCCCCAUCUCCAUCUUUCAGUCCUCGAGAGCAGACAGCACCAGGCUGGGGCGUGCUGAGGAAGGGGCGGGGACAGGUGGGCAAACCAGUCUGGCAGGCAGCUCAGCCCAGGCCUCCCUCGUCUGGGCCUGCACUGACGUUUUGGUCCGGCAGGGCUGGCACGGGAGCUCAGUGGCGGGGCAGGGAGCUGGGGCCGCAAGGCCACUAUCAGGCACCUACCCCAGGAAGGUGACCCAAGAACCCAACCAACAUCUGGGAUCAAACCUCUCGCCUAUCCAAGCUGUCCUGGGGCAGGGCAAAGACCCUGGCCUCAGUUCUGCUGUGUCUGCCCAAGGGGGCAGGCGACUGAGCCUGGCCUCCCUCUCCUGCCCCAGGAGCAGGUCCCUCAAACCCCGCUGCCCUGCUGCUAUGUACAAGCACUACAAUGUCCACUUCACCAAGGGUGCCCAGACUCCCACUGAGUGCAACUUCUUGGACCCAGAGUUGGGGCACCAAAAAGGAUACUGUCAUCAGUGGCGCCAUGACGCAGCGGCCCCUCGAGUCCACAGGCCCUGUCAGUCACCUCCCAAGUCACGCUGGCAGCUGGCUUACCACUGCCAACAGGGGGCAAGUGGCAGCUGGCGUUGGGGUCCCCAGCCCCCUGUCCAGCAGCGGCGGCAGCCUCAGCUCCCACCUCCCAGUCCCCUGCGGCAGCGGCUCUGCCCUACUGAGGGUGCCCAGAACGGGCUGCCUGCCCCCCGGGGACCAGCCAGCGCCCCCCAGCCACUCCCCACACCCACCACCUCACCCACCGUGGCACCUGUCAUGGCCAGCAGAGGCCCAGCCCUGCCCUCAGCAGCCGGCGCCCUCCUGGAGCCCAGCGAGCCCACAGAUGUCCGGCCCCUGCCUGCUCCAGCAGCCUGCGGCUCCUUCACCUCCUACGGCUCCGACAUACUGACAGAGGAUGAUGUCUACUGCAGCUGCCUAGCAAAGACUCUCUGCCACGUGCCUGUCCCCGUGACUGUGGGUUUCUAUGCCCCCUUUGGCUGCCGCCUGCACAUGAUGCUGGACAAGAUCACUGCGCUGAUGCAGCAAGAGGCGGUGCAGCGUGAGACCGAGGAGCUGCAACGUGUGCAGUGGAGGCCGCGGCCAGUGAACGGCUGGAGCGUCCCGCGGCUGCUGUGGUACCUGGUGUUCCUGCAGCCGAUCAUCACCGAAGUGCACCUGCGGCGCAAGAAUGUGAAGUUUCUCUUCAUCCGCUUCAGCGCCUGGCAGUAUGCGGGCACCGACAAGCUGUGGGCCGGGCUGGUGACCACGUUGUGCGAGGGCAUCCGCCAUCACUAUGGUGCUUUGCCUUUCAGCGUGUACUCGGUGAUGGGCAAAAAGCCGGUCACCACACAGGGCUGCUGCCAGCGCGAGUGGCACUGCCGGUGCCGCGUGUGCCUGGGGCUGUUGGGGCUGCUGGUGGCGCUCGCCCUAGGUGUGGGCCUGCUCUACCUGUCCCUGGGCGGCCACGCGCCAGGCCACGGGGGCGCGAGCGGCAGCCUGCUCAAGGUGUUCGGAGGCGCGGCCACCACGCUUUCGGGAUCGGGGCUGCUCAUGGCUGUGUACUCAGUGUGCAAGCACCUGUUCGUGAGCCAGCGUAAGAAGAUCGAGCGUCUGGUGUCACGCGAGAAGUUUGGUAGCCAGCUGGGCUUCAUGUGCGAGGUGAAGAAGGAGGUGGAGCUGCUCACCGACUUCCUGUGCUUCCUGGAGAUCUACCAGCGCCGCCGCCUGCGCGUGGUGCUCGAGGUCACGGGGCUGGAUACGUGCUACCCGGAGCGCGUGGUGGGCGUGCUCAAUGCCAUCAACACCCUGCUAUCCGACAGCCACGCUCCCUUUAUCUUCAUCCUGGUGGUAGACCCCAGCAUCUUGGCCGCGUGCCUCGAGAACGCCGGCAACAUGAAGGGGACGGCGGACAAUGGCUACCUCUUCCUCAACCGCACCGUCACGCUGCCCUUCUCCGUGCCGGUCAUGGGCCGCCGCACCAAGCUGCAGUUCCUGCACGAUGCUGUGCAGAGCCGCGACGACCUGCUGUACCGCGAGAUCACCGGAAAGCUGCUGUCGCCGGCUAGCGGGAGUGGGGGUGGCGAGGGCGCGCAACUCCUGGCGGUGAAGACACCGGCGGGGACUGCGUCCACGCCGCAGGGCCACAUCGACGCCGAGGCGGCGCGCCGCAUCCAGCAGGCGCUCUUCUGCCUGCACGACGAGCGCGACUGCCUGUACGAGUACGUGCCCGAUAACGUGGUGUCCAUGCGGCGCAUCGUCAACACCGUGCCCAUCACCGUGCGCCUACUACAGCAGCAGCAGGGUGACUUCGAGGGCCCCACGCCGCGCCAGGCCGUGGCUUGGGUCGUGCUCGCCAACCAGUGGCCGUGCCGCCUCAGCUGGACGCUUCAGUGCCUGGAGGACCGGCAGCAGGCCGGGGGCGCGCCCGAGGGCCGCGUGCGCCUCUGGGACGUAUUCCGCGACAACAGCAGUGAGCUACACACCAUGACCAAGGCGUUGCGGAAUGUGCUCGAUCUGGACGGUGACCCCGAGCUUUUCCAGCGCUUCCUGGGCGCUGACUUCCCCUUCACCGUGGCCGAGGCGCAGAGCCUGCUGAGCUGCACGGUCAACCUGGACCACUCCAUCCGCCGCCGCAUGGGCCUCAUCCGAGCCGUCAGCGCGCUCAAGCCGCAGAGCCCGCCCAAGUCUCCUACCCACAACGCCCUCCACGCCGCCAACGGAGCCGCUGUGGGAGCCUCCCGGGCGCCCUGGCCAGGCCAUGCGGCAGGACAUGCCAGCGAAGCCCACCAACCCUGGGACAGGGCCCGUGGGGGCAAGCCAAAGCCAGCGGCCUGAGCACACUUCCAUCCAGAAAAUUCAGGCUGGGUGGGCCUGGAAUGCGGGACUUCACCUGCCCACUCGCGGGCGGAAGGGGCCGGACUGGGUCUAGGAUCCAUCCAGGGUCCGAAUGAGGGCUGAACCUGUGAGGAAGUCAUGGGCAGUUGCCUUAGCAAUAGGGCAGUAUGUGAUGUCAUUGUCUGGAAACAGGCCCCUAACUAGCAAGGAGGUCAGGGUUCAAGUGCAGUAAAUGAAGGAGUAGAAAGCCCUGGUUUGUCUUUAUGUCCUGGGUCUCCUUGGCUUAGUGGGGUCUAGGGACUAGGUCUGCUCUGUCCUGCAGCCUACUUCCUCCUCAGGGAGCCGGGCCUGAGCUGUGCUGGCUGCCUCAGCUGCCAUCCCCAUGGCAGGUGGGGCCAUGGAGGUGGUGGGCGAGGCUUCAGAGGCAGAGGAUAUGAAGGGUGGAAGGGCCAGGUUGACUCAGGCAACAGGGAGCACCCAGUCCUCAGGGGAUCCCGGUCCUAGUCCUCACGCCCUAGCCUGCCCCUCUGUGAACAGGGCAGGAGUUGGCAUUUCCAAGGGUGGUGUCCCUGGUGGCCUCGAUAGACGGCUGUGUGCCUCAGGGUGGCUCUGCCCUCAGCAUAAUGGAUUAAUUAGGCAUCAUUGGCACCUUAACCAGUUGGGGUGGGUGGCACUGCCGCCCCUAGACAAGUAACCAUCUAUAAGGUGCCUGCUUUAGGGGUUACUCCAGGCCUACCCAAGGACCACUGUUUGGUCACUGACACUGAAACCCCCGGUCAGCCUCUUGAUGAAGACAGGGAAGUUGAACAGAGGCACUUGGGGGACACAUAGGGUCUGAGCCAGAGCCAGGCAGGAGGGGUCUUACUAGGGCUGGAGGUGGACCUGCCCAUGUGACUUAUCACCUUUCCUGUCCAACACUGGGACAGAGACCUCGGAUGGGGUUGUUGCACCUUGGUGUUGCACAGUUCCCCAUUGGUCAAAUAUUUAGGUACAUAGGCUUGCGGGGUGCAUGGAUCUAGUGUGUGGAGGCACAGGCGAAGGCCAUGAGCCUUCCCAACACACCCCGGGACUAGAGGUCAAGGGUGUGACUUCUGAGCGAGAGCCCUGAGGGCAGAUGGGAUAACUUGGAAGGACCCAAGAGCUCUGCAAAGGCACCCACCUUUCAGGUCACGGGCGUCUGGGGCCAUGGGGCUGACAUUUCUUAGCUCCAAGUCUAGGCACAGCAUCCAUGUGUGGCCAAAACCAGCCUUCAACUCUCCUGGUCAGUAAUUAUGUUGCAAGUAGACACAAGUUGGUGGGAGCCCCCUGUGAUUUUCCCUGGAACUAUCUGGGCAGAGGUACUGGUUUUCACCCUUGGCAUGGCUAAGCAGGGGUGAUAAGCCUGGACCUGCCAGGAGAUGUUUCCUAACAGUCGGGGAGAGCUGCCCAAGAACGAAGCCACCAGAGGGAGAAAUGUGGGGUCUCAUGACACUGGUCAGUGUCUCUGUAAAUGUGCUGUUGGGGCCAAUAUAUUUCUCUUCCCUUUUGCCUCCCUUAAGCCAGUUUCACUUGGGUUUAUUUCUUACCACCUACC